AUGAAAUCACCCUGCCCUGGCAAUACAGGAGCCUCCGGCUCGAAGCAUUUGGAGACUCGGUUGCACUUCGUCAACAUUGCAAAGUCCCCAAAACUCCACAAACUCGUCCGGACAAUCACCAUAGACACUCAUGUUGACCUUGACUUCGAAUACACCGGCAAUCAAACCUACCCGUUCCCUCAGGCUUUUAUGGAAGCCCUCCCUCAUCUCAGAUAUUUCACCAACAUCACGUCGCUCCACAUCCGCUUCGAGGAGCAUUGUGGCGAAGACGACGCGCAUGGAACCUCCAUAGAAGAAGUGGCAGAGUUGCGCUAUCGGGUGCUCGAUACUAUUAUGCACUGCGCUGCAGGCAUGUGGACGUUGGAGAAACAGCGCAUAAUUGAUAAGGUCCUGCUUGAAUAUCUAUACGCUGAAGAUGAGAUGGAGGAGUUUGACUACAGCGAUCAAGAUCUCGAGUUUGUCAAUGACGGCCCUUUCCCGCUGAGGGAGUUGACAGUGACAAACCUGGCGGACAACGACGAUGCCAAUCUCACCUUAUCAGAGGCUUGGAAUGCAGUCAUUUCCAUACCGAGUCUGGUGGAUCUUAAGCUUUUGGUCGCCACGGAAGAAAACCAAUCUUCGCCGGAAAACGGCAUUUACUUUGAAAACAAGUAUUACUUCUUCCAAAGUCUUCACGAAACAUGGCUUUCUCCUAAUCUCAGCCAACACUUGAGAGUAUUGGCACUGUACUUCCGGGAUUACUGGGGUUGGUUCCCCAAGAUGGAUUUUCGUCUUAUCGGCGAGGACUCUCCUUUUCAUCACCUGAAGGUGCUUGCCCUUGGGAACUAUGUCUUCUCUCAUCAAUGGCAGAUUGAGUGGUUUACCAGGAUUGGGAAAGAGAAUGGCAGUGGAGGACUGGAAGAGCUGUACCUUGAUGAUUGCCCGAUACUCUACAAGGCUCGCCAAGACGGGCCUCUCCACGACGGAUACCCUGAUUGGGUUACUGUUUUGGGAGGCCAGUAUCACUCCUCGACGCACGCAUUUCCGCUGCGAUGGCAUGAGGUAUUUUUACACUGGAAAGACUCAAUGAAAGGACUGAAAGUCCUCAAAAUGGGAAGUGGAUCGUGGUUCACCACGCCAAUGAGCACUUAUAACACGAUGCGGUAUGAUCCUGAGUACGCAAAAUUGGACAAUGAUGUAUUGCAUCAUCGCACCUCAGACAACCAACACAGAGAUUUCGCGUGCCCUGCUCCGAUACCUAGAGGAGCUUAUUGGAAGCCGGAAUGCAAAGAAAUCUUCGCAUCGGGAAAGUACCUAAAUGGUGAGGGGAUUUCCGAUACCAGGGACCGACGCAUGCAGUAUGUCGAGUAUGAUAUUGGUGUUGGGCCUUCGCCAUGGCGCGAGAAGAGGAAUCGCCUUGCCGUAGUCUACGACGGAUUUGAGCCAGAGGAAGGGACCUUGCUGAAGGAUAAUCAGGCUUGGGAUGAGAUGCUUGAUGCCAAUGAGGCUAGAUGCAAGCCUGCGGACAGGAGUUUAAGGUGUUGA